CUCUCUCUCUCUCCUCCCAUUUUUUAAGAAAAAGAAAUUUCUCUUUAUGUCUUCUUCACAUGACCUACUUGCCACUCCAUUCAUGUGUCUUGCAGCUUUUGACAUUCUCUUGGCAGACACUAUAACUCACGACUUCCUUAAACUAAAUCUCCUUGUCUUUUGAUCUUCUUUCAUCUUCACCCUUCGCUCUUUCUUCUGCUUAUCUUUAUAAGCCCAACCCAACCUCUGUAAAUAAACAUGUAUAAGAUGGAGAGAUCUUCCGGGGAAAAGGAUAACACAUUUCCUCAAACAAGAAGAACCCCAUCUUUUUCUUCUUCCCUUCUUGAUGCCAUUUAUCGUUCGAUUGACGACAAUGGUGGUGAAGAGGAAUUCUUCAGUCAAUAUAGAGAAACUACGGUAAUCAGGAAACAGAGCACCACCCCCAACUCUGUUUCUACCAGCCAGCGAGAUGCGUUUCUUGAAGAAGAGAAAGAAAUAUCUAAUCUUCGACGAGAUAUCAUGAUUGAAAGCUGGAUGGAGAAGCAAAGCACUCGUAGUUCUAUGCACUCUAAUUCUACUUCCACUUCUUCGGAUUCUAGCUCUGGAUCAGGAGGAAGUGUUGGAGUGUUCUCGUCCUCUGAAGCCGAGUCGAGUGUCAAGGAAAAAUCGACAAGGGUAUCAAGUUUGACCCCACAAAGAAUCAAGCCAAUUUCAGAAAAGCAACAGAAGCCCAAGUGUGAAGGCGGAUUUACCAAGACAAAGCUACGAGCUAUGAAAAUCUAUGGAGAAUUAAAGAAAGUAAAGCAACCAAUUUCACCAGGAAGUCGCAUUGCCAGCUUUCUCAAUUCUAUUUUCACCUCAGGGAGUGCGAAGAAAGUAAAAAUGUGUUCCAUUGGGGCCGUGGAUGAUUUGAGUUCCGAGCGUAAAUCAAAAUCUACAUGUUCUUCGGUGACAUCCUUUUCGAGGUCUUGUUUGAGCAAAACCCCACCCUCAAGAGGGAAACAGAGCAAUAAAAAUAAAAGGUCAGUUAGAUUCUAUCCUGUUAGUGUGAUUGUUGAUGAGGAUUCUAGGCCUUGUGGUCAUAAAUGUAUCUAUGAAGAUGAUCCUGGGUUGAUGCCAAUGCCGGUGCCUCAAAAGAUUGCCAAGAAUUCUGAUGUUGCUAAAGGAGCAAAUUAUAUCAGGAAUUAUCAGAAGAAGAAUAUCGGUGAAUUUGAUUUCAGGGGUUUUCACAGUUAUGUUGAAAAUGAUGAAGAUAGCGACGAAGAUGAUGAGAGUUGCUCAAGCUCUGAUCUUUUCGAGCUAGAUCAUCUUAUUGGAAUUGCAAGGUACAGAGAAGAACUACCAGUUUAUGAAACUACGAGUUUGAAAACAAAUCAGGCUAUUGCUAAUGGCUUCAUCCUGUAAUUCAUGGUGAAAUCAAUCAAUGUAAUUAUUUGUAUGGAUUAAUCAAAUAACUUAUCUUUUAAUCAAUUAUUUCAGUUUCUGUUC